GCCGAAGCCCAUCCUCAAGUCAGAGAUGGACACCGAGAUAUUAACAGUAACACAAAGGUUCUUACACAAAGGAUCUGACCACAGAUCAGACCCAGAGAGACUGGGCUGUCCUCCUGGUCCCGGCUCAGACUAUUUACCGGUAUUUCACCAGAGCCAGAUUAAUUCUUGUGGUGAUGGUGACUCGUUAGACACUGACGGGGAUGUUCCAUGUUGUUCUUACGCAACAGAGAUGGACCCUGGCAACAUAUCCUUGGGUUUAGAGACACAAACUGAUCUGUCUAGAGGGGACUGGAACCAGUACACUAGUAGUGUAUACUCUGAAGGGUGCCUAGAUAAGAAAGGGGAGGUCAUAGUGGUAGAUGAGGUGACUGUAAACGUGGAGGGCUACGCUUCUCCCCUAUUGAAUGCACAUAGUCACCUAGGAGAUGGACACUCACAUGGCAGAGAUUUCUUAGAUUAUAGGGGAAGCUUAGAGACAACUGUAAAUGUUGCCACCCUCUCCCCUUUACACACGUUCAGGGAUCGCAAUCCAGGGUCCACGUCGAUAGGACCUUCCACAUCACACAGCCAUGUCCUUUCCAAUCGGCUGUUGAACUCAAAUGACCGGGCUAGAGCCCAGGCUCAGGGAGGGGGAGCCUCAUUAGGCAAUGUUAAAGAGAAACGGUUCCUCUGCAUGUUCUGUAACAAAGGCUUCAGCUGCCUCCAGAAGGUGGAGAUCCACCAGAGGGUCCAUACAGGGGUAAAACCCUUCAGCUGUACCCAGUGUCAUAUGCGCUUUUCCGUGGCUGGCAACCUGAAGAGGCACCAGAGGGUCCACACAGGGGUGAAACCCUUCAGCUGUACGCAUUGUCAAAUGCACUUCGCUCAGGCUGGUGACCUGAAGAGGCACGAGAGGGUCCACACAGGGGAGAAACCCUUCAGCUGCUCCCAGUGUGAGAAGAGGUUCUCACGCCAGCACCAGCUGAAGAUUCACCUGAAGGUCCACACGGGAGAGAGGUUGUUCGCCUGUACGCACUGCAGGAAGAGUUUCUCAGAGAGGAGCUACCUCCAGAUACACCACCAGAAAAAACAUUCCACUCAAUGACAUAGAAAGUAACCAUUCCAUUCAACAGCUUCUGACGUUUCUGUCAAACCAAGCAUUAAACACAAAGAUUAGUUUAUUGUUGUCAGCUAAAAAGACCCACAGAUGCAUUUGGAAUAACAAGGGUAACAGAUUUCAGUAUAUAUUGCUUCCAGACAUUGUAAAAUAAAAGGCAUACAGUGCAUUCGGAAAGUAUUCAGACCCUUGACUUUUUCCUACAUUUUGUUACUUUACAGCUUUUCCUAAAAUUUAUUAAAUAAGAACAAAUCAAUCUACAGACAAACGCAUAAUGACAAAGCAAAAACGGGUUAAGAUUUUUUAGCAAAUGUAUUAAAAAUAACAGAAACCUUAUUUACAAAAGUAUUCAGACCCUUUGCAAUGAGACUCGAAAUUGAGCUCCAUUGAGCUCCCCACCAAUCAGGCCUUUAUGGUUGAGUGGCCAGACCGAAGCCACUCCUCAGUAAAAAGGCACAUGACAACCCGUUUGGAGUUUGCCAAAAAGACACCUAAAGGACUCUCAGACCAUGAGAAACAAGAUUCUCUGGUCCGAUGAAACCAGGAUUGAACUCUGGCCUGAAUGCCAAGCGUCAUGUCUGGAGGAAACCUGGCACCACCCCUAUGGUGAAGCCUGGUGGUGUGGGGUAGUUUUUCAGUGGCAGAAACUGGGAGACUAGUCAGGAUCAUGGGAAAGAUGAACGGAGCCAAGUACAGAGAGAUCCUUGAUGAAAACCUGCUACAGAGUGCUUAGACUCAGGCGAAGGUUCACCUUCCAACAGGACAAGGACCCUAAGCCCACAGCCAAGACAACGCAGGAGUGGCUUCGGGACAAGUCUGAAUGUAUCGGAGUGGAACAGCUAGAGCCCGGACUUGAAUCUGAUCUAACAUCUCUGCAGAGACAUGAAAAUAGCUGUGCAGCAACACUCCCCAUCCAACCUGACAGAGCUUGAGAGGAUCAGCAGAGAAUAAUGGGAGAAACUCCCCAAAUACAGGUGUGCCAGGCUUGUAUCGUCAUACCCAAGAAGACUCGAGGCUGUAAUCGCUGCCAAAGGUGCUUCAACAAAGUACUGAGUAAAGGGUCUGAAUACUAAUUUAAAUGUGAUUUGUUUUUUUAAAUAUAAAUUUGCAAAUAUUUCUAAAAAUCAGAUUUUUGCUUUGUUGUUAAGGUAUUGUGUGUAGAUUGAUGAGAAACUAAACUAUUUCAUUAAUUUUAGAAGGCUGUAACAAAGUGGAAAAAAUAAAGGGGUCUGAAUACUUUUUGAAUGCACAGUAACCCUAAAGUCUGUUUCAAAUUGUUUGUACUGUAUAGGCUAUAUGAUGUUCACAAAGCAGUUCAUCAAGUUCAUGCAGAUUUUUAGUUGAGAUGUGUGUGGUUUUCAUAUGGUGUAUUUAAAACUUUUGUUUAAUAAACACAAAAUGGGACUGUU